AUGUUUGGACCGCCUCAACUCGACGAAGCGACCAUAAGGUCCAUCGACUUCAACCGCACCUCCCGUCGCAUGCUCCAGGACAUGCGCGAAGAGACCUGGGGCUGGGUCGUCUACCGCACAAUCUACCGCUCCGACCCCGCAUUCCACAAAGCAAUCGAAAUCCUCACUUCCUGGAUCAAGGCGGGAGUCUACGAAGAUCUCCACGAGUACGGCUUGGAAAAUCCGGAUCCCACGCCCAACGAUCAGCUCUGGGCGCGCCACCAGCUAACCGUCAUCGAGGAGCCAGCCACGCUGGACGGGGCUUCGUUGGAUGCAGUGCGGGGGCAUUUUGAAGGCUGGGUAGAAGCCCAAGAUAAGCAAGAUGGAUGGAACAAGUACCGCGCGUGCUUGGUGAUGGAUGAGGCGGCUGUCCAACGGCUGGGCGAGGCAAUGACGCCAGAGGAGCACCGGGAGAAGCAUGGGGAGCGCUGUUAUACAGAGCUGCGGCAAUGGUUUCUUCCAGCUGUGGAGGCGUUUCCGGAACUCGAAGAGGGAGAGACCGAUUUUGAAGGGUGGAUGAAUUGUUCGGUCUUUAAUCUAAUACGGCUGUGGACGUCUUUGGGCGAUGGGAUGUACAUGGAAGAUGCCUCGAAUGAGGUCCAGGACGGGUCUACACUGGCUCUCUAUUUUACCCAGGCGGAUUUAUCACCGGAUGUCUUCCCAGUCGAUACGCUCGAAAAGCGGGCGGGUGUCAUCAUCUGGUACUUUUUAUGUCUCGUCUAUCGUAUUCUACAUACGUUCCAAGGCAAUGAUGCGGGGAAUUUGCAGAAGCUAGAGUUUGGAGGCGCUCUAAUUCUGAUCUGGACGGCCACCAUUCCCUCGGCGGUGUUGCUGUUGCGCAACCAACCUUCUCUUCAGCUUGGGUACCUCUCUGCGUUUACCAUCGUUGCGGUCGGGACUCUGGUAGACUUUCUGGUCUGGGGCUCCAGCAUCCAUGCAUCCCGGUACAUAUUCCCGUAUGCCUGUGUUUCACUGGGCUUACUCUCCCUGAUACCCUCUAUCCAUGCCCUGACCGGGACGUUCGAAAGCCCCCCCUCAUUGGCGAUACACUUUGGCCGAGUCGCCACGUGGAACUCCCUUGGCGCUGCCUUUUACCUGCUUCGACCAUUGGAGAGGGUAGGCGCGGUGAACGACUGGCGGCCCAGCCUCUACGUGAUGCACCUAGUCCUGGCGUACAGCGCAGUUUCUUAUUCGAGGGUCAUCCUGCAUUCGGUGCUUGGAUAUGCAGCCUAG